UAUGCUCUUUAUAAUUCCACUGCAUUUUCUCUCUCUAAAAUCGCACUUUCUCUCUCUAACUCCUUUCUCUCUCUCUCUCUCUCUCUCUCUCUCUCUCUCUUCUGCAACUGAUUUUCUAGAUCAUAGUUCCCUAGAUUCUCCCAUUCUGUUUUCCCGCACUUUCUCGCCUUGAUUUUCUUCUCCGCCGCACUGGCCCGAGCUCAGUGACCUCUCGAUCACCGGAAUCCGUGGGGUAUCCGUUUCCUUCCUCGAUCGCUUUCUUCCGCCGUAACCUAGCGCCGUGUGCUGGUGCUAAUCACUGCCGUAGCUCACUUCGGAGCGCGCUCGAGUUGUUGCUGCGCUUCAUGAAGCUCCGGAGCAAUAUUUCUGGUGCGGCGAGUGCACGAUGGAGCCGUAAUUAUGCUGGAUUUGAGCGCCGGAGAAGGCUUUCAGCUGUUGGAGCUUGCUAAUUUGGGGUCGAGCAAGGGUUUGAGUGGAUUCACGUGUGAAUUGAUGAAUGGAAGGGUUCGGGUAUGAAAACGGUUGAAUGCAAGAUUAGUGAUUAGUGUUUAGAUUUGAGGAAAAAGUUUCUGAUUAGUGUUUCUUCUUUUUCUUUUGUUUUUUUUUGUUUUUUUCUAUUUUGUUUCGGGUGAUGUCACGGACUGAUAGAAUGAGCUCGGAUCUUAGCAGAACUGGUCCUGUGGAAAGAGACAUUGAGCAGGCCAUUACUGCUUUAAAGAAAGGGGCUUGCUUGCUCAAGUAUGGAAGAAGGGGAAAGCCCAAGUUUUGCCCCUUUCGGCUUUCCAAUGAUGAAUCUGUUUUGAUAUGGUUCUCAGGGAAAGAAGAGAAGCACCUUAAACUGAGUCAUGUCUCUAGAAUUAUAUCUGGACAGCGCACACCUAUCUUUCAAAGAUAUCCGCGGCCUGAGAAGGAAUACCAGUCAUUUUCUCUUAUCUACAAUGAUAGGUCACUGGACUUGAUAUGCAAGGAUAAAGAUGAAGCUGAAGUUUGGUUCAGUGGUUUGAAGGCAUUAAUUUCACGUAGUCAUCACCGAAAGUGGAGAACAGAAUCAAGAAGUGAGGGUAUUCCAUCUGAGGCUAAUAGUCCUCGAACAUACACUAGAAGAAGUUCUCCUUUAAAUUCUCCAUUUGGUAGUAAUGAAAGCCUGCAAAAGGAUAGUGGGGAUCACCUUCGCCUUCAUAGCCCAUAUGAGAGCCCCCCAAAAAAUGGUUUGGAUAAAGCAUUAGAUGUUGGUCUGUAUAUUGUUCCUCAAAAGGGUUUCUUCCCUCCAGAUUCUGCCAGUGCUUCAGUACAUUCUGUAUCAUCUGGAGGAUCAGAUAGUAUGCAUGGUCACAUGAAGACCAUGGGUAUGGAUGCUUUUCGAGUUAGUCUAUCAAGUGCUGUUAGCACAUCUAGCCAAGGUUCUGGUCAUGAUGAUGGCGAUGCUUUAGGGGAUGUUUUCAUUUGGGGGGAAGGCACAGGUGAUGGUGUUUUGGGUGGUGGGAAUCACCGGGUUGGGAAUUGUUUGGGUGUAAAAUUGGAUUCUCUAUUUCCCAAAGCCUUGGAGUCUGCAGUAGUUCUUGAUGUACAGAACAUUGCUUGUGGUGGACGACAUGCAGCAUUAGUGACCAAACAGGGAGAGAUUUUCUCCUGGGGGGAGGAAUCAGGAGGCAGGCUUGGGCACGGUGUUGACUCUGAUGUUCUACAUCCGAAGCUUAUAGAAGCUCUUAGUAAUACAAAUAUUGAACUUGUAGCUUGUGGGGAAUAUCAUACAUGUGCAGUGACACUUUCUGGUGAUCUUUAUACAUGGGGUAAUGGCACAUACAAUUAUGGUCUUCUAGGACAUGGAAAUCAAGUGAGCCAUUGGGUACCAAAAAGAGUGAAUGGUCCCUUAGAAGGCAUACAUGUUUCAUAUAUUUCUUGUGGACCAUGGCACACUGCUGUUGUAACAUCUGCCGGGCAAUUAUUUACUUUUGGUGAUGGUACAUUUGGUGCUUUGGGUCAUGGAGACCGAAAAAGUGUUUCAUUACCAAGGGAAGUAGAGUCCCUCAAGGGUCUUCGUACUGUGCGGGCUUCUUGUGGUGUUUGGCAUACUGCUGCAGUUGUGGAAGUCAUGGUUGGAAAUUCAAGUUCCAGCAACUGCUCUUCGGGUAAGCUGUUUACUUGGGGUGAUGGAGACAAAGGUCGACUUGGGCAUGGUGAUAAGGAAGCAAAACUUGUUCCAACCUGUGUUGCCCUCGUUGAGCCCAAUUUUUGUCAAGUUGCUUGUGGACAUAGUCUUACUGUUGCACUUACCACCUCUGGCCAUGUCUAUACAAUGGGUAGUCCUGUCUAUGGCCAGUUGGGAAAUCCUCAAGCUGAUGGGAAGCUACCAACCUGUGUUGAAGGAAAGUUGUCAAAGAGUUUUGUGGAGGAGAUAGCUUGUGGUGCAUAUCAUGCUGCAGUUUUAACUUCAAGGACUGAAGUUUACACUUGGGGGAAGGGUGCAAAUGGCCGAUUAGGCCAUGGGGAUACAGAUGAUAGGAAUACCCCAACAUUAGUAGAAGCUCUGAAAGACAAAGAUGUCAAAAGUAUUGCCUGUGGAACUAAUUUCACUGCAGCUAUCUGUCUGCAUAAGUGGGUGUCUGGUGUUGACCAGUCAAUGUGUUCUGGCUGUCGGAUGCCAUUUAAUUUCAAAAGAAAACGCCACAAUUGUUAUAAUUGUGGACUUGUUUUUUGUCAUUCAUGUAGCAGUAAGAAGUCUCUUAAGGCUUCAAUGGCACCAAACCCCAACAAACCUUAUCGUGUUUGUGAUAACUGUUUUAAUAAGCUUAGGAAAACUGUAGAAACUGAUUCUUCAUCUCAUUCUUCUGUCAGCAGAAGAGGAAGUGUCAAUCAGGGGUCUUUGGAGUUAAUUGAUAAGGAUGAUAAAAUGGAUUCCAGAUCUCGGAAUCAACUUGCCAGAUUUUCUUCAAUGGAAUCCCUGAAACAAGUGGAAAGCAGAUCUUCAAAGAAAAACAAGAAAUUGGAGUUCAACAGUAGCCGAGUCUCACCUGUUCCAAAUGGUAGUUCACAAUGGGGAGCACUGAAUAUUUCUAAAUCUUUUAAUCCUGUUUUUGGAUCAUCAAAGAAAUUUUUCUCAGCUUCUGUUCCUGGAUCAAGAAUUGUUUCCCGAGCAACAUCCCCAAUAUCAAGAAGGCCUAGUCCACCUCGUUCAACUACACCAACCCCUACACUAGGAGGUCUUACAUCCCCAAAGAUAGUUGUGGAUGAUGCUAAGAGGACUAAUGAUAGCCUCAGUCAGGAAGUUAUUAAAUUAAGAUCACAGGUGGAAAACCUGACUCGGAAAGCCCAACUUCAGGAAGUUGAGUUGGAAAGAACCACUAAACAGCUAAAAGAUGCAAUAGCAAUUGCUGGGGAAGAAACUGCCAAAUGUAAAGCAGCAAAGGAAGUAAUAAAGUCACUCACUGCCCAGUUGAAGGACAUGGCUGAGAGACUACCUGUAGGAGCUGCUAGGAAUGUCAAAUCACCCUCUCUUGCUUCUUUGGGUUCCAAUGAUGUUAGCUAUGCUUCCAUUGAUCGAUUAAAUAUUCAAGCAACAAGCCCAGAAGCAGACUUAACUGGAUCAAAUAACCAGUUACUUUCAAAUGGAUCAAGCACGAUCAGUAACCGUAGUGCAGGUCACAAUAAACAGAGCCAGUCGGAUUCAACUAAUAGAAAUGGGAGCCGAACAAAAGAUAGUGAAUCCCGUAAUGAGACCGAAUGGGUUGAGCAAGAUGAACCUGGUGUAUAUAUUACACUUACCUCCCUUCCAGGAGGUGUAAUAGAUCUUAAGAGAGUUCGUUUCAGUCGGAAACGGUUCAGUGAGAAGCAAGCAGAGCAAUGGUGGGCUGAGAAUCGUGCAAGAGUAUAUGAACAGUACAAUGUGCGUAUGAUUGACAAGUCUUCUGUUGGUGUUGGCAGUGAAGACCUGGCUCAUUGACAUAACCUGUAAAUGAGAUGUUUUUCCACAUUUUGGCUGGAAUUAGAGCUUAGAUCGUAUUGAUCAAUUACAUUUGGCUUCCAUCUAAUAUAAAGCAACAUGGGAAGCUGGGGAUUGGCAUAGUAGGAGAGAAUAGGGAUUGAUUGUGAUUUUGUAAUUCCUUUUCUUCUUUUUCCACUUUGAUUUCACUUUCCAUUUUUUCCCUAUAUGUACCUUGUGUGGGGGUUGAGGGUGAGAAAUGUAAAUUCUUAGCAGGAUGCAGGCUCUGGUUGAAAGGAGCUGCAGUGUAAAUUUCAUAAGCGAAUGCAUUAGCAAAUUUUUCUUCUACACGGCCAUGGAAGGAGCGACACUAAGGAGUUGAUUUUUCCUGCUCUUGCAAUAAUACCUAUUUGCCAGUUGGUGACAUCUAACGCCGUUGAACCACUUUACAUUAAUCUUGUCUUAGCACCGUUGAAGUUUAAUUGAUAGAAGACUGAAGAGAUUAAAAAUUUUAAAUGAUAAAAUUAGUUUUUUGUUUUUUC